AUCUAUACUUUUUAAAUCGCUCAAAAAAUAUUAUAAUACGGAAUUAAAAACGCAUAAAUUAUUGCUACUUAAGCUAAAAAAUCGAAGAUAAGACCGUAAAGCAAAGUAAGGUUCUUGACACAAUUCUUACCAACAUGGACAUAACGACGUUAUCACCAGAGGACUUCACCGAGUAUAAUUUCCUCAACGAGUCUCUUCAAUUCGUGAACGGCACAUCCAAGCCAUGCGCCACCCCACAUUUGGGGAAAAUAUUCAGUAUAAUUCUGAAGGUGGUGUACGUCAUCGGCAUCCUGGGGAAUGUUGUUGCGAUCAUGUGUCUGAGGAAGGGAGAGAAGAGAGUACGCAACAGGAAACAUUUGCUGCUGCUUACUUCCUUAGCCUCUAACGACAUCGUUGCCUUGGCGGGCAUGAUGGCAUCGAUGUUGGUAGCCGAGGCUAUCCCGUGGGUGAGCGCGACGCGCGCCUACUGCGCCAUACGUGUGGUUCUGCGUGUGUUCGGCAUCGGCAGCGUUUGUAUCGCCGUCACUAUGGCGUUGGAGCGGUACCUGGCACUCACCAGGCCGUUUCUCUAUCAGAAGCAAGUGACAUACUACGUGAUCCGCACGGCUCUACUCGUGGGAUGGUUCUGGGCGGCGGUGCUCACGUGCGCGCCGGUGCUCGGGCUCGGGCUGUACUACAACGAGAGCACCGGCUGCUGUAUGCGCUACCGCAUGGCUGUCGAGACAACCGAUGUCGUCUAUGCAUGGAUCUACGUCACGUUCGGUGCUCUGCUGUGCGUGAUUCUCGUAUACUGCAACUUGGCGGUUAUCCGCGCGCUAUACGAGAUAAGCGCGCCUCGCGGGGCUCCUGUAAUGCGCAGAGUAUCCAAGAGCAGCUGUCGCCAGAGAGCCGCUGUGCCCGCAUCCGAAGCCGGCCACCACAACCCUGCCACGGCUGAGGAAGUCGCCUUCAGCAGACUUAUGGCGACGCUGUCUGUACUGUUUAUGACCUGCUGGCUGCCGCAAAUGAUAACGUCGUCCUUAUAUUUGUCCAUGAACUCACGCUACUGGCCGCGUCUGGCGCCACUGGGGGCCAUCUCAGACCUGCUCAUGCUGCUCAACUAUGUGCUCGACCCCGUGCUCUACGUGCUGAUGCGCCGCUCGCGCCCUCGCUGCCUGCGAGCGCUGAGCCACGCUCUUGCGCAUUGUUUUAAGCGGAACCACAAGACAUCGACGGAGUCGAUGAAGACAUCGUGCUGCCCGCAGGAGACACUGCUGGUGAGCGAUAGCUCGGGGGCCGAGAUGAAGCCGCUGCGCGCGUUGCCGGCGCCCACUCCCGCACACUUGCUGGACUGACCGUGGAGCGACCGCCCUCUCUAGACACCGUCUAGUCGGGGGUCUCGCUCGAAGACUAAGAAGUUGACUAGACCAUGAAGACAGAGCUACCCGCAGGAGACACCUGGCAGCUCGGGCACCGAGGUGAAGCAGCUACGUUGGCUUACGGCGCGCGGUGUUCAAAAGCUCGAAUGACCAGUGAGCGACCGCCCUCUCCAGACGCGAUCUGGAGAGCUAGUGUUUCUAAAACUAUAUGACAUGUGAUUGUGAUUAAACUUGCUCGAAUGUGAGCUUUACAGUUAAUACGACGACAUGCGUAUGCUUGGAUGAAGUAGUUUUAAGUUAAUGGUUAAGUUGUUUGUCGCUCCUAAAGAUAAAGGGAAUAUUUUAAGUCAUGAAAUAUGUUUACGCGGUUUAUUAUGACACUACGCUAAAUGGAUCAUUAUAAACCUUUGCUUAAUCCCAUUAGAUAACGAUGUAUGUAAAUGUAAAACUUAGGAAAUAGGUAACCAUAAAAACAGAAAAUAUACCAAGUGUACCUAAGGAGUCGGUUAAGUUAAAGAAACAUCAAGACUUCGUUCUUCUAGACAAAAAUAUCUAGGAUGAACGAGGACUAUAAACAUGUACCUAUCUACCUAUACAUAUUACCUAAUGCAAAUCCGUUUAAUAUAGGUAAAUGAUUAAAUUAAACAAGGGACAAAUUAAUAUAAGCUAACAAAACAUGAUCGAACAUUUAAUUGCCAGCAUUUUGUGCAAAUUUACAAAAUACCUACCUACUCGUAUAAAUAAAUAAAUCUCCUUUAUAAUAUCAACGACAGCUUAGCCCAAAAAUACGUUGACAAAAAAAAUUUGGAAUAUUUUUCUAACUUACACGUCUUUUACAUGAUGUCAUUACAAAAAUAUAACAACCGAUAUGAUCAUUUAACUAAAACGAAUUACAAAAUAUCUCCUUUUUCUACUCGUCGAGUAUAAUCUGUGUAGGUAUUACGACUUCAUAUGCAACACUACAACCUUACUCUUUUCAACGUUGUAUAGUCUAUACUUCCGACUCAAGCAUAAGAAUUUUAUCGAUACGCGGUGCUUGUUAGUGUGUGUUGUAGUGUUGUUAGUCUCCAUAGGCUACGGUGGCCAUAAUCGAGUAAAACAAUUGUCUUAAAAUUGAAUUUAACGCGGAGCAGGUACCAGGGCCUCAUGAGUUACGAGGAGGUGUCGUUGACCAACCCGCCGGGGGCGCCGGGCCCGCGGCGGCCGCGGCCGGGGCGCGUACGAGUAUGAAGGUAUCGCGGGCUGCGGCAGCUCGCGUAUCUUAGCUGUAUACUUUUAG